ACGCGCACCGAUGUGAAUCGCCAUCAGUCAAAAUGUUCAGAGAGAUCGCGGCGUUCGCUCGCGUACAUGUGUGUGCGUGUGUAUGCGCUCGUUAAUUAAAAAUGUUUGUUUACAGUUGAUAAUCGUACUGAUAAAAUUAAACAUGAUGGAUUACGAAUUUAAGAUGAAAACGCAGAAAGACCGGACCAAGGUCGAGGAUCUGUUCGAAUUUGAGGGAUGUAAGGUCGGAAGAGGCACUUACGGCCAUGUAUACAAAGCACGUAGAAAAGAAGGCGUGCCCGAUAGCGAAUUAAAAUCUCGGCCUGAUACAAAAGACUUUGGCCUUAAACAAAUAGAGGGUACAGGACUCUCUAUGUCCGCGUGUCGAGAAAUUGCUUUACUCAGGGAAUUGAAGCAUGUCAAUGUUAUUACUCUUAUUCGUGUUUUUCUUUCACACAAUGACCGUAAGGUGUGGUUGCUGUUUGACUUCGCCGAGCAUGACUUAUGGCACAUAAUUAAGUUUCACAGAGCAGCGAAAGCUAAUAAAAAACCAGUAAUGGUACCCAAAGGCAUGGUCAAAUCUUUGUUGUAUCAAAUUUUAGAUGGUAUUCAUUAUUUACAUUCCAACUGGGUUCUUCACAGAGAUCUGAAACCGGCAAAUAUUUUAGUAAUGGGUGAAGGAAAUGAGCGGGGACGUGUAAAAAUUGCGGACAUGGGGUUUGCUAGAUUAUUUAAUGCUCCUCUGAAACCGUUAGCGGAUCUAGAUCCCGUCGUGGUCACAUUUUGGUACAGAGCUCCGGAAUUACUUUUAGGUGCCAGACAUUACACUAAAGCCAUAGACAUAUGGGCUAUUGGCUGCAUCUUCGCGGAACUUUUAACGUCCGAACCUAUAUUUCAUUGCAGACAAGAAGACAUCAAAACCAGUAAUCCGUAUCAUCACGAUCAGCUGGAUAGGAUAUUCAAUGUGAUGGGAUUUCCGUUGGAAAAAGAUUGGGAGGAUAUUAAAAAAAUGCCGGAGCACCCUACGUUGCUAAAGGAUUUCAAAAGAUCUAAUUACGCAAACUGUUCGCUUACGAAAUAUAUGGAUCGGCAUAAAAUCAAACCCGACAGCAAGGCAUUUAAUUUGUUGCAAAAACUGCUGAUGAUGGAUCCGAACAAGCGUAUUACAUCGGAGCAUUCGAUGCAAGAUGCUUACUUUCAAGAGGAGCCACUGCCAACACAGGACAUAUUCGCCGGGUGCCCUAUUCCUUAUCCCAAGAGAGAUUUCCUCACGGAUGACGAUACUGAGGAAAAGACUGAAAAUAAAGCGAGACAAAAUCAACAACAAACGCAACAGCAGAAUCAACAGCAGCAAGGUAACGGCGAUCACAAUCACGGACAGAACGCGAAACGGGUCAGAUUGAACGGGCCGCAGGGCGCACCGGAGUUUCAUCAACAUCACAGCCACGCAAUGACUCAUCAGCAACCGCCGGGGAUGGUCUACUCGACGGCCCCGCCGACGCAGCCGUCGAACUUUCAUCAACGUUUCUGAAUCUUCGGAAUUUUAUUUUUAAAUCAGAUCGGAUCAAGUUGAACGCUUGAAGCUGUAACUUAUACAUUGAUGUAAUUCAUUGAUUCAGAGAAGUUCUCAGUGAUGAUUCAUGUAAUAUUCCGUACGGUAUGAUAUAAAAAAUAUAAC